AUGGUAAACAUUGCAAUGAACACCACGCCUGAUAGAAAAUGGUCGAAAGUGAAAUCAAAUAUCACAUGUGCUGUUAAAAACAAAUAUCAAGAUAUAUGGACCGAUAAGGUUGAGGGAUUGCUGCUCCAAGGUAAAUUCUUGGAGCUCAUGAGGCUUGAGCAGGAAGAUCUCACCUGGAAAAGUAUUAUAUACGACCUACCAUCCAAAGUUCUUAGUUUUGCAGUCAGGUCAUCUAUUGACUGUCUCCCUACUUUCAGGAACCUUCAGAGAUGGGGUAAAAAACUCUCGGCAAAUUGCAAACUGUGUGGAAAUAAACAGACCCUCCUGCAUGUUCUAAAUGGAUGCAAAAUCAUGUUAGAACAAGGUCGAUACACAUGGAGACACAACAACAUUUUGAAUGCGAUAUACGAGUGUCUUCAGUCAUCAUUAUCUGGAGAUUACACUCUCCGAGUAGAUCUUCCUGACAAAGCCAAUCAUCCCACAAUUCCUAUGAAUAUUCUACCGACUCCACUAAGACCCGAUCUUGUUCUUUCAUCUGUCCAAAAUAAAGAAGUCAUUGUUGUUGAGCUCACAGUUCCCUUCGAACAGAACAUUGAUUCACGUCAUGUGAGCAAAUGCAAUAAGUAUGCACCUCUAACUAAUGACAUUAUUGACCAGGGAUAUUCAUGCAAACUUUUCUGUAUAGAAGUAGGUUCAAGAGGUUAUGUGUCUAAGCAAAAUAAAGUUAGAAUCAAAUCAUUACUCAAAACGAUGAAACUAGGGAAGAAAAACAAAGAGAUGUUGAAUAGAAUAAGCAAGAUGAGCAUCAUGACUAGCUAUUCUUUGUUCCUUGCAAAAGACCAACCAACUUGGACCGAGCCCCCAUUGCUCAGUGUCCCGGAAAACAACCAAAGCUAG